UGUCUGUCUAACUCACUAAUGUAGCCGACAGAUUGCAGUGGACGGCUGGGCCGCUUAGCCGUUCGUCAUCGCCUCUCUCUCUCUCUCUCUCUCUCUUUUUUUUAUCCCAGCGUCUCUGCUGCGUACGCAUAUAUGCGACGGACGGUCUGAUUUCAUAACGCGGCGAGGAGGAAGAGAGGAAUGGGGCUGUGAGAGGCGGAUGAACAUCAACCCCAUCGGUCGGCUCACCGUGCAGAGCAGCAGCAGCUGCAGCCGCCGUCUCCACCCCGCUGCUGUUCGCCGCCGGUGCCGCGCAGAAGAGAUGCGCUAUAGCGGAGGCUGCUGCUGAUGCUGAUGCUGCUGAUCUUUGCGUCUUGAGCAUCAUCGACGCGACGGCCAGAGGGUGGGCACGGGGGGGUGGUGGGGGGAAAUCGAUCUCCGGAGCCAGGGACACACGGUAGACAGGACAGCAGAGGAUGGAGUUCAAGCAUCUGGUGGAGGCGGCGGAGAAGUGGUGCUCCGGGAACCCGUUCGACUUGAUCUUCGCCGAGGAAAACGACGAGCGGCGGCUGGACUUCUACGCAGAGCCCGGUGUCUCUUUCUAUGUGCUGUGUCCCGGCGGCACCGACACCUUUCAUGUUUGGAGUGAGAGCGAGGACUGCCUUCCGUUUCUGCAGCUGGCACAGGACUACAUUUCCUCCUGCGGGAAAAAGACUCUGCUGGAGGUGUUGGAGAAGGUCUUCACGUCCUUCAGGCCUCUGCUAGGUCUUCCAGACAUUGAAGAUGACAGCUUUGAGCACUACCAUGCAGACAUGGAGGGGGAGCCUGGGUCUGACCACCAGCAGAUGGGGGUCAGCCAGCAGUGAUGACCCGCCGAGAGGACCCCCGAGCCUGGACACGAUUGCUCCUGAAGACUUGGGCCUUGAUACCUUAGCUCACUUAAUAGCACACACUCUUGCAAACUUAUAGUUGACAUGCUGAACUAUCACCACCUUGUUCUUGAAUGUUUCAGUGGCUUUGCUUUCCAAAGACUGCACUUUGUUGCCCUCCCUCACCCUGUCCUUUUCUAAAAGACACACACAGAAGUUUGCAUUUUCACAUGUUAGGACUUUGUAUUGACUUCCAUUCAUUUUAGUAUAAUGACAUUUAUGCCUAGCCUUACCAACAACCCUUACCCUGACAAUUACCAGUAUAUUUGUAACCCUAAACCCAACCAAAACUGGAUUCACACCAUACCUCUAAACCUAACUCCUAACUCUAAAAAUGGGGCCCCACCCCACACGUAACUCCCCAAAGACUUUUGGCAACAUUGGUCCCCUUGAGUCCUUUUUAGGUUUAUGGAAACAAAGACUUAUGGGGGCUUGAGAGGACAUUGGUCCCAUGAGUAUUUUUUGGAGUUAUGUGGACUUAUGGGGACAUUGGUCCCCUUUAGUCUUGUUUUGGAGUUAUGGGGACACAUGGGGAUGUUGUUCCCCCUGAGUCUCUUUAGGAGUUAUGGGGACUUAUAGAGACUUUGGUCCCCCUGAGUCUUUUUUGGAGUUAUGGAGGCUUUGGCACCCAUGAAUCUUGUUUUGGAGUUAUGGGGAUACAUGAGGAUGUUGGUCCCCAUUAAUCUCUUUUGGAGUUAUGGGGACUUAUGUUGACAAAGACUUAUGGGGACAUUAGUGCCCAUAAAUGUUUGUUUUAUGGGGACAUAGGUUUAAUUGUACCAAAAGAUCCUAAUUAGGCUACACAACCAAGUACAAAUACAAACAUACAUACACAAACAUAUAUACACACCACUCUUAUGCUUUGGGGUUAUGUGAGCUGUAGCCAUGUACAAGUUAUAAUCAUUCACAGUCCGGUUAGUUAAAGUUACACAUCACAGCAAUAUUAUAUCAGCUUUGUUAUGCAGAAAAACAUUCAGAUGUUACGGCAAUACGCACCCCAGCCUCCACGCCAACCCCCGACCUGUGGAGGCGAAUGUGGGAGAUUGCUAACUUUUUCAGCCAGUCUGACAUAAAUGACGCACAAAUAACCAACAACAGGGGAAAAACUGACAGUUUGUGGCUAUGUGAAAGCAAAGGUCUAGCAGGUGCAGGAAAGAGAAAGGGAAGUGAGGAAAUAACAUGCAGUUAGUCGUGACACAGAUUCACGCUAGCAACAUCUAACAUAAAUGCAGUCAAAUAGGUUAAGGUGAUUCCCUCGAUGCAAUCGCUCCUUUGUGUGGAUUAGAAAACUCUACAGCUUUCCCAGUAGCAUGGAUCAUUUUGAAGUGUUUGUUAAUGUUUGUAAAGCUGUGUAUGGAAAAUCAGUUACAAGUUGAAGAUCUUUUUGACCACUGUUGCUAUCUUAUGACUGUCACAAUAAUAGCCUGUGCUGCAGCUUUAAUCCUUCCUUAUUUGGGUGUCUUGAUGCCAUGCAACACCCAGCCUCUUGAAUGUUGUAGUCUUCCUGUUGAUCCGAGGUGUGCCUCUCUUCCUGGGCACCACCUGAGGAGAUAACCCUUGUAAAGCUUCCCAAAAUCCCACUCUUUUUCAUGAAAUGUUUUCAAUCUGUUGUCUCAAUUAUGGUUUCUUCAGAAUAGGUUUACAAAGGACACACCCACACACCCCUGGACAGCACGGGAGGAAGGGGUAACUAGAUACUGUUGGCCACCCGUUUUGUGUGGAACGCUAUCAGGCCAAAAACUUGUGACUUUCAUGUGUCUUCAAUGUUUCUACGUCAUUUACUGGAUUUAAGAGGUUGUGUAAACUACAGAAAAUGUGGUGUGCCCUACCAUAAUAACAACAGAUUAAUGGUGUGCAUCACCUGCAAGGUUUUUAAGCUUUCAAGAGUCUCCAAAAAUUAUCUUUGUACAAAUUUCUUAAAAGUUCCUAACUCAUCCAGCAUGUCAGGUAUGGAUGUGGAGAUGUGAUUAAAGCAAGUUAGUUACGUCUGACAUGCAUGGAGUUGAGAUUACAUUAGCAAUGGGGGCCAUGACGUUGGUGCGUCAUAAUUUCCUACACGAAUAAUGAUUAUAUUAUACAUCAAUCAAUUUUAUAGGUUGAUGUAUAAUCUAUAAAAAACAAAAUGACAACAUAUUGUUUUUUGAAAUUCAGUAAAAUAAAAGUUUGGGGCUCCUGAAUUUUCCUUGUUUCUUAAGUCUAUCCAAAGUCAAUGAUGUUUCUUGACUGGUUGGUUGAAGGCAAAUGUUGUUGAUGUGUGCUUAAUACACAGACAAUGUGCAAGCACGUUGUUUCACGCAAACAACACAUAUUUAACGUAUGAGUCACAUGAAAGGUUAUGCGUUUUUGACCCCUCUGGCCUUCCAUAACACAACUUUCAGUUCAAAUCUCAGUCAAUGCGCUGCAAGACUUCCUUUCGCUUUCUACAACUAGGGCAACACAAAGGACUAACGGCUCCUCUACCAAGUUACUUUGACUCCUAAAUGUUUUAUUAUUACUUUCAUCACCAUCAUCAUCAUCAUUUGGCUGUUUGAAUGUUUUCCAUGCAGUAUAUCCUCUGUCCUCUGACGUGUGUGACAUUGGUCAAUAAACGGUGUGAACUGAGAGCC